AUUGUGAUAACAUAAUUGUUAUCAAUGAAAUUGUUUAGCAUUUGCUAAAGUUGUUGUUCAGAUGAUGCCCCGAGAACAGGUGAAAUUUUCUUCAAAUCCAUCAUCAAACAUAUCAGAUGAUGAUGAGGAUGAUGGAAAUAAAAUGUCUUCUAUGAGUUAUAAGGAACGUAGACGAGAGGCACAUACUCAAGCAGAACAAAAACGAAGAGAUGCUAUUAAAAGGGGCUAUGAUAGUUUGCAGGAACUUGUACCAACUUGCCAGCAGAAUGAUGUGUCAGGUUACAAAUUGAGUAAAGCAAUAAUCCUUCAAAAGUCCAUAGAUUAUAUCCAAUACUUACAGUUGCAAAAAAAGAAGCAGGAAGAAGAGAGAAAUGCUUUAAGAAAGGAAGUUGUUGCUUUACGUAUAAUGCAGACUAACUAUGAACAAAUAGUGAAGGCACAGCAGUCUCAGCCUGGGUAUACAGAAACUAGAAUCUCAGAUGAAGUAAAGUUCUCUGUGUUUCAGGCAAUCAUGGACCAACUCUUCGCCACCUUUUGUGGGAUUUCAACUAGCAACUUUUCUGAACUUUCUGGAGGAGUCUUCAGUUGGUUAGAAGAAUAUUGUAAACCACAAACAUUGAAAGAUACAGUGGUUAAUAUAUUACAUAGACACCACAGCCAAAUAAGAAGCUAAACAAUUUAACCUAUAUUAAUAGUUACUACAGAUUUUUUAAUGAUGCAGCUAUAUGUAAAUAUAAAAUAAUGCUAUGAAAACAAGAAGUAGAAAUGAACAUUUGAAAACGUUAUCUGGUGCAAAAUCAAUUAUGAGCUGAGAAGUUGAAGAUUUACUGUGAUAUAAAUCCACAUACUUAUUCUAAAUUUUAUGGAAAACUAUUUCUACUUCUAAUUAUUUUAUUAUCAUCAUUAUAAGGUUUUUAUAUAUUUUAUUUAAUGUUAUAGGAGUUUAUUUUUCGAUGUAGCAAUGUAUACCUAGAAAUCAAUAAAGAAAAAUAAUGUUG